CGGCCACACAACGCAGCAGCAGAAGCAUGUCGGUGGACGAUCCAUGGUAUGGGGCGAUCUGGGAAGCCGCGAGCCGCAACUUCCAAGAGCUCAACCCAGAAAACCCCACUGUGGUGGACUUGGCGGAGCUCGAGACGCUGUGUGUGCGCAUGGGGGUCCGGCUUGCGUCGCACGACCUCACGCAGGGCAUGUACGACCUGGACACCUCCGGGGACAUGGUUAUUCCGUUAGACACAUUUUGCAUGUGGUGGCUAGCUCGCCUUCGGUCUGAGGAAGCUACGGCAAUGGCAGCACUGGCAGCUGAAGCAGCUGCUGCUGCGGGACCACCUCCUGCCCACGUGUGGGAAAUCGUCGUCGACGGGACUGCCACGUACUACUACGACCACAUCAGCGGCGAGACGAAGUGGGACUUGCACGAGUUCGUGGGCGCCGCUCGUGCGUACUUUGCAACGUUGCAGGACCCCACCAUCACCACAGACGAUCAAGCGUUAAUGCAGUUGUUUGCCAAGCAUGACUUGUCCAGUCGCGGCAAGCUCGACGUGGACGAGUGGCGCGGCCUCCUCCUUGGUCUGGGUCUGCCCGGUACGCUUCUGUCGAUAUCCGACGUUGCAGGGCACAUUGAGGAGGACAUGACGUUCGAGCAUUUGCACGCUUGGUGGUAUGCAAAUGUUCCCCAGCGCGGUCGCGAGCGGGUCGCCGACUGGACGGAAUGGUGGCGCGUCGUCGACGAACACAAAGUCGUGACGUUCUUGAACGAAAGGACGCAAGUGUGUCAGUGGGAUGCACCGUCGAUUCCGAUCGCGCUCGUCGCGCGGCUGGGCCAAGACGUGGACGGCAAUGCACGAAGCCCGUCGCUGGACGACAGUUUUCGCCAAUGGUUUGUUGCUUUCGAUGUCGACGGGGACGGAGUGCUGAAUGUGGCCGAGUUUACAACCAUGAUGGCGGCGUUCGGCCAGGUCAACAUGACCGAAGCCGACGGCCAGACCGCCAUGACCAAGUGCAAUAUCCAGUACUGGGGAGACAUGGAGAACGCGUCCGCCAUGAAGGCCACGAUAAGCUUCGACGCAAUCGCCAAGACCUGGCGCGCCUGGUACGCCAAGGGACUGCUUGGCGAUUGGGAAGAAGCGUCGACGCUGGACGAAGUCGGCAACUCCCGCUUGUACUACUACAACUGGAAAACUCGAGCCACGCAAUGGGAGGCGCCGAUCGUGACGGGGAAGCUCCAAACGCUCUUGGACCAAUUCAGUGCGGGUAAAGACAUCGACAUAAAGCCGACGCGAGGGCCCAUGACCCUGACAUAGACCCGACGGUCUCGACGAACGAGCGCAUCCGCCGGUUGUUUGUCCAGUACGACACGGACGAGACUGGAUCCCUGGAUGCAGGGGAGCUCCAGCGCAUUUGCGCCGCGCUCGGCCAUCGCCUCGAUGCCCCUGCGCUAGAAUCCAUGAUGCGAGUGCUCGACACGUCGGGCGAUGGCGUUGUCAGUCUCGAGGAAUUUCAAGCGUGGUGGCAUUCGAAGACUCACGUCGACCACGAGUUCGCAGCUUCGGUCGACGAACGAUCGCGCACCGACGACAUUCGCACCAUCGUUGCGACGUACUUGAAACGAUCCGUGGACGAUCUCGACGCCACGCCGUUCGAUUCGAACGUUGUGCCACGGCUGGUCCAAGCGCUCGGGCGAACGUGUCGUGGGGCAGCGCUGCUGCGAGCGCUCCAUGAAAUGGAUGCAGACGGCACGAGGCUGAUCGAUCCCCCCGUCUUCGUGGCAUGGUACAUGCGGUACGACAAGGCUUGCCAUGACGCCGAAACCAAAGCCCGCCAAGCCCAACGGGCCCAAGAAGCCAUGGAUGUCUGGGUCGAGCAAGUCGAUGCGAACGGAGACCGCGUCUUUGUCAACACCCGAACAAAUGAAACGAUGUGGGAAAAGCCCGGGAUCGUGGAGCGCAUGGCCGCAUUGGGAAACGACAUCAAGGGGAUUUUUCGAGAGUUCGAUCGGGACGGGUCCGGCGCCAUCGACUCGAAGGAGCUCCAGGCGCUGCUGUCGAAGCUCGGCCAAACCGUAGACGACGCCCAGUUGAGCCGUGUGAUGGAAGCGAUGGACACAAGCGGCGAUGGCCUUGUCACGCUUGACGAACUCACGACGUGGUGGGUGUGCAUGCAGCGGCGGUCGAUCGGCGCGUCCAACGCGGCGGCGCUGAAAGACCAAGUGAUCGAUUACCACGCCCUGUCCAAGGACGCCGUCAAGGAGCUGCGCAAGCUAUUCAACCAGUUUGACACGGACAACUCGGGAUCAAUCGACUCGUACGAGCUCAAGCACUUGCUGCAUCGGUUGGGGUACAAUCCGUCGGACGCCGAGCGCAACAAGCUCAUGGACGCCAUCGACACGUCGGGCGAUGGCCACAUCAACGUCGACGAGUUCAUUGCGUGGUGGGUGACGGUCCACCGCGCACGGGAAAUUCAUGCCAAAGCCGCGCAAGAUGGCCACCUCUUGGCGACGAUUCAAGCGGCAUCCGGUGCCACUUCGUCAAAAGCAGUCGCCGCGACAGCCACUCGAUUUGACUUGUCGGACGUGAGCGUCACCGCGCUGCGAAACAAGUUGGUCGAUUUUCGGUACAACUGGACAAGAGGCCCCGUCAUCCUGCCGCCCCCCGACGAUGACGUCCCCGUCGACUACGGCGGACUGCGCAAAUUCGGCACCGUCGACGUGUCGCACACGCAUCCGUCCAUUGUGGACGUGAUGCGCGCGCUCAUCGACGACGUGGUCUUGAUCACGCCGUUGAUGCUGCCGGACGCAGCCCAGCGGAUUCAAAAGAUGUUUCGCGCCAAACUCGCGCGGACCAAGCUCGUCCAAGCGCUCAACCAACGCUACGUGCAUCACCACGACCCGGCCACUGGCGCUUCGUACUACAUGGAUCGUGUGACAAAGGAGAUUCGAUUCUCGAAACCGAUGCUCCUCGGCCACCAUGACAUUCCGAGCCCGCGGUCGCGGCUGCGCGAGAAGCAUGCCAACCAAGCCUUGCUGUUCCGGCGCAACUGGAUGGUCUCGAUCAUGCAGUCGACCCGCCAAGUUCAGACGUCGCCGACAUUUCGCACGGCGGCUUUUUACGUGUAUCAAAUCUUAUGCAAAGUCAAAGCGCGGUGGCAGCAAGGCGUGUGGCAUGCGCUGGCGGCCAACGACCUCACGCUGGCGCAGCUCGUGGUGAGGCACUACCCCCGCCAGCUGAAAAAGCCCGGCGCGUGGGGAGACCUGCCGCUGCAUUACGCGAUUCGACACCGCUUGGACAUGGCAGUCGUCCAGACAUUCCUGCUUGGGAACGUCGAUGUUGUCACUAUGACGAAUGCCAGCGGGCACACGCCGCUGCACCUGGCCUGCCGGGACCACCCCACCGACGACCUCGUCCAGCUCUUACUUGAUGUGCCCCAUGGGACGGAAGCGUGCUCUAGGGGGUGCACCGGCACCCUCCAGACGCCACUGCACGUUGGCGUCCGCCACCGCGCGCCGCUGUCGGUGCUUCGGAUGCUCGUCGAAGCAAAUAAGUCAGCUCUCACCCAGCGUAACCAGGCGCGCAACACACCGUUCCAUGAAGCGCUCACGAUGAACUCCCGACCCGACCAACUCGACAUGCUGCGGCUGUUUGUUUCGUUCCAGCCGCCUGUGGCGUUGGCCACCAUGGCCGUGUUUGAAAGCGCGUUGCCAUUGCAUAUCGUCCUCCAACACAACGCAGACGACGCGAUCGUUCGGUACGUCUUGAGUCUGGCGCCAAACGCCAUUGCCGUGCCAUUUCGCCAGCUCUUGCCGCUCUUUCUCGCCAUGAAGUACCGGCGGUGUGAAGGGUUGAUCCAAGAGCUUGCCCACGUCACUGUGGCAGCGAUUCAGCCAGCGAGGACUGCCGUCCGCACCCCCAAACGCUUCAACCCCGUGCAUUACGCCCUCCUCCAUGGCUUCACCCCCGACCUCGUUCUGUUUCUGUUGAACUUGUGUCCUGAGUGGGCAAGCGAGGCCACCUACAGCCGCGAUUACCCGCUCCACAUUGCCGCUGCCACAACGUCCGACUUGAGCGUCGUCAAGAAGCUCUUGCUCGUGGACCCCAUGCCUGCCCGCGCCGUCAACGCCGCCGGCCGCAUUCCGCUCCAUCUCGCUGUGGAGCGCGGGGACGUCGAAGUCGUCAAGAAAUUGCUCCAAGUGUGCCCGUGGUCGCUGCUCGACAAGAUCACCGGCACCAAGUACGACGCGUUGAUUCUGGCAGCCAAGGCGACAGCGCGCUUUCCGAACGAGCCCGUCGUGGACGCCCUCCUGAUGCCGCCCAAGCUUGCGCCGACACGGCCAACGUCGACGCUGCUCGCGCUGACGCCGUACUACGUCGCGGCAACGUCGCAAUCGUCCAGAUCGAUGGCAUGCUUUGACAAGCUCCACGUGCUCGACACGUGCACGGCGGACGAUUUGGAAGCGAUGGCGCGCAAGAAAAUGCGCCAGGCGUAUCGCAAGCCAACGGACAAGUGGGAAUUGCGUCAGAUAUUGACGCUCAUGGCGCUGAACCCUGUCGACAGCGCGAUCCAGACGCGGAGCCUGCUUGCGAUCAACGACAUCGUGCGUGGGUACGACGACGUCGCCCGGGAAGCGUGCCUCGAAACGUAUGACAUUGUGCGAACUCUGCAGCACACCAUGUACGACUUUACGUCGAACCCGCGGAUUCAAAUCCUUGGCCAAAAGUGCCUCCACCACCUCCUCCCGACCGCGUUUGCCAAGGCCAAGUACCAAAGCCGGAUCGACCCGCUGUACAAGUUUUAGCGCGCACGUCAUGGCAGCACGUGUUCGCCUUGGACGCGACUCGACUCUGGUGUGCGUUUACGAGAUGCCACGACCCGUCGGUCGAGAAUUCGCGGCGGGUUUCUAGUGCUUUGACUUGUUGGUUGGCCGUUGUGCAUGCGUCUGCCAUGAUGAUGUGUGUCCCAAAUAAACCAAAGUGGCCCGUCGUGAUGUAGGUUCA